AUGUCACUCCUCUUCGUCAUCCUUGGGUAUGUUAGUUGCAUCCUUCGGUCUCUACUUGUUCUUGUCUGCAUCGAGCCAUGGACCAACCCCCACGUCAAUGGCGACACGCCCCCAUCGACCUACGAAGCCUGGUACGACGAGCAAUCCGUCCGUGAUGCCAUUCGAGGGGUGGAUGAUUGGGCGGUGACGGAUCGUCAUCCUCGCUAUGACUGGCAAGUCCUCCGGACCAUGAAAAAGGAUCUCGAGCGAUGCCGAAGGCUGGGCGAUGAAAGAGGAUUGUGCAGUCAACUACGAGCUCAAAGCUCCCGCAACAUGUGUCGUGUUCUCUCACCAGCGCUCUACCGGAGGUCUCAUAUACAGACCAAGAAACUCAUUCAUGACUACAUUCAGGAAGUGCAACAAUGUAUCAGGUAUCUCGGAGAGCGAAACGGCGUCACCAAUGGAGCUGCCUCUGUUGUUCCCGCCCAGGAAAGGCGGCAGGUCAUUGUGGAUAUGCGCACUACACUUGGCCGCACGAGCCUGGUACUCCAGGGAGGGGCCAUGAUCAGCAUGAGCCAUUUAGGGGUUGUGAAAGCACUCUAUAAGCAACAGCUGCUUCCCAGGAUCAUCACAGGUACAUCAUCCGGAGCUCUGAUUGCUGCACAUAUCUGUGUGACUAAGGACGAAGAUCUUCUGGGAGUGCUCGAGGUCACGCAUAUCAACCUCGACGCUUUUCUUCGCUCCCAAAAUAACCACUCUGCAAGUGGCGCUUCGUCGUGGCUGCAGUCUUCAUUCUUCACAACAAUGCAGCGGCGUUACAGGCGAUAUCGUACCUCACACCAUGUGUUUGAUAUCGACGUCCUCAAAGAAUGCACCCGAGAAAAUCUUGGGGAUGUCACUUUUGAGGAAGCAUACCACAAGACGGGGAGGAUUCUGAAUAUCACGAUCGCCAUGUCCGAGGUCACCGGUACGCCACAGCUCCUCAACUACCUGACAGCGCCUCAUGUCCUUGUAAGGUCUGCAGUAGUGGCAUCAAUCGCCACAUCGAAGGCGAUGUAUGCGCCCGUCCAGCUCCUGUGUAAGGAUCCUGCAGGCGCCAUUGUUAUGUACUUCGCUGCCGACUUCUCAGAGAAGGACCACGACCAUCGCAAAUCAACCGUGCACCCGGAAGCGCCGUUGACGAGGAUAGGAGAACUGUUCAACGUUAACCACUUCAUAGUGUCACAAACCAGACCCUACAUCGCACCAUUCAUCCAACUGCAGAAAGUUGCGGAUCGUUAUGAACCCUUGGGCCUGCUAGUUCGUUUCACUCUAUCGGAAUUGCGGCAUUGGCUCGAAGUGUUGAACCGGUUCAACAUGCUGCCGACUUUCCUACAGCGGGUCUUGAUGGACGAGGUCGUGCCCACCAUGGCAUCGUGGUCCAAGGUAUCAAUCACUUCCCAGAUCGGACUCCUGGAUUUAUUUAGAACAUUCGAUACGCCUACCCCAGUGAAGCUGCAGUACUGGAGUGCCCGGGGAGAAAAGUGCACGUGGCCAUACAUCUGUGAGCUGAAGGUCCGCUGCGACAUCGAGCUUGAGCUUGAUGCGGCCUAUACAAGUCUGCGUCGACGCGGUGGGAUGGGAUCGACGAUUCGGCACAGAGCGGACCCCUAA